UAAUCAUGGAUAAGCAUCGUUUUUCUACUGCACUCAAACAGCUUUGACGUAAUUUCAGAAAUUAAAAAAAAGUUUGACGUUUAUCCUUGCCUAUGAAUUUCAUUCAUUCUUAGGUGGAUGUGAGUAGUGGGAUUUCGUAUCCUGAAAUUCCAUAUCUAUUUAAUAUUUUGAAAUGAGGUAGCACCGGUUAACAAGCAACAAUUAAAGACCAUCCUAGUACUAUGCCUUAAUUUAUUUAUAAAGUGCAAAUAAUCAGUUUUUGCGGGAAUGCCGAACACGAACAGUGCCACCGUUGCCAAUGAUGAUUACGAAGUUAUCGGAGAAGCCCAAUGGCAAAUACUGGAGAAUGUUAUUGACGAAGAGAUUUUCAAGAUCUACGGUUACAAGUACUCCAAAUUACGAGCUAUCAUAUUCCACGCUGUGUGCGUAGCACUAUGUGGAUUGCCGUAUUUUGCCUUGGGGUAUUACCCUUCAUUAAACAGAUUCAAGUACUUAAAAUGCAGUUUGAAAAUGGCUGAAGAGAUUUGUGUGAUGGACGCCGAAGGCUCAUUCAACAUGGAGAAAGUGCUAGAAAUGGACCUGAACAUAGCGAACCACAACAACAAACUUCGGUAUUUCAUCUACCAACACACACGGUUUGUGUGGCUGAACGACCAAUGCGUAUUUGUGAAUGUGCAGUCGCUGAACGAGAAGUUGACUAUCAAUCUUCUGAUGGAUAAUAUGUCGGGGAUCAAUAAGCGACAACAAAAUGAAUUAAUCAAACUGUAUGGCACAAACUCGGUAGAAGUAGAAGUGAAGAGCUACUGGACACUGUUCGUGAACGAAGUGUUCAACCCGUUUUACCUGUUCCAAGUGUUCUCCAUCGUGCUAUGGUCGUUAGACGAGUAUUACCAGUAUGCUACGUGCGUUUUAAUACUGUCAGCUGGAUCGUGCAUGCUGGCCCUGUAUCAAACUAAGCAGAUGAGCAUAAACCUCCACAAGAUGGCGGGCUCCACCAGCUCGUGCACCGUGUCCGUGCUGCGUCCGUCCCGCGCCGGCCGCGAGGAGUGUGUGGUCAAUGCUAGCCGAUUAGUGCCCGGGGACGUACUUAUACUACCACCUGAUGGCUGCGUUAUGCCGUGUGACGCUAUGUUGUUGACGGGGAACUGCAUAGUCAAUGAGAGCAUGCUUACAGGCGAGAGUGUACCAGUAAUGAAAGGCCCGCCCUGUCCAUCCCCAGAAAUAUACUCCACGGAAGGUCACAAGAGGCAUACCUUAUUCGCUGGCACCCACGUUAUACAGACACGGUUCUAUGGCAACAAUCAGGUGCUAGCCAAAGUGGUCCGCACAGGCUUCUACACGGCCAAAGGCGAGUUGAUCAAGAGUAUCCUCUUCCCGAAGAAGUUCGACUUCCAGUUCUACAAGGACGCGGUGAAAUUCGUCAUUUUCAUGUUCUGCAUCGCCGCUAUAGGCAUGGGGUAUUCCAUCUGGCUGUACUUACAACGAGGCAGCCACGCAGAAACCAUAGUGCUCCGUACACUCGACAUCAUAACCAUAGUCGUGCCCCCGGCUCUGCCCGCCGCGAUGACCGCCGGCAUCGUGUACAGUCAGCAGCGGUUACGCAGGAACAAGAUCUUCUGCGUGUCGCCUCCGAGGAUCAUCAUCUGCGGGAAGCUUCAAGUCAUGUGCUUUGAUAAGACAGGAACCCUCACGGAAGAUGGUCUGGACCUGUACUCAGUACUGCCACAUCAGUCAGGCGAACGUUUCGGCCGCACCGUGGUCGAAGUAACGGCGCUUCCACCGCGCAGUCCGCUCAUACAAGCACUCGCUUCUUGCCACUCCCUUACUAGCAUCCAGGGCCAGCUAAAGGGCGACCCGCUCGAUCUCAAGAUGUUUGAAUUCACACAGUGGGUCCUCGAAGAGCCAGGUCCAGAGAACACUCGUUACGACAACCUAACACCUGCAAUCGUCAAACCCAAAUCCGCGCAGAACGAGCUGCAAGACCUAGAUAACUACGACCCUCUCACCAUGGAGAUGCCGUAUGAGGUGGGUCUGUUAAGGCGGUUCCACUUCUCUUCGUCGCAGCAGUCGAUGGGUGUCAUCGCCCGCGUAUUGGGACAACCCCAGAUGGUUUACUUCGUUAAGGGGGCACCGGAAAAGGUGGCGGGCAUGUGCAGCCCGGACUCCCUGCCCGAGAACUUCAGCUCCGUCCUGCACGAGUACACCUCCAACGGCUUCCGGGUCAUCGGCCUCGCGCACCGCAAGCUGGACCGCAAGAUGAAGUGGGUGGACGCGCAGCGCGUCAAGCGGGAGGGGCUCGAGUGCGACAUGACGUUCCUCGGCUUCCUCGUCAUGCAGAACAGCCUCAAGCCGGAGACCACGCAGGUCAUCAGGGAGCUGCACGAGGCGGACAUCAAGCAGGUUAUGGUCACAGGUGACAACAUAAUGACAGCGAUGUCCGUGGCCAGAGGGUGUUUCAUGGUGCAGCCGCACCAAAAGCUGGUGCUCAUCACGGUCGGCCAUCAGCAGACUGACGACACGCGGCCGCCGCUGUGUAUGGAAGUGGUCGGGGAAGGCGGGCCUCCGAAGCUCGCUAGCGACAUCUAUGUGCUGGCGUUGGAAGGGAAAACGUGGUCCGUCAUACGAAAUUACUACCCGGAGAUGAUGACCACUGUACUUAAUAGAGGCAUAGUGUUCGGCCGCUUCGGUCCCGACCAGAAGACCCAGCUGGUAACGGCGCUGCAGGGCGAGGGGCGCGUGGUGGGGAUGUGCGGGGACGGCGCCAACGACUGCGGCGCGCUCAAGGCCGCGCACGUCGGGAUCUCGCUGUCCGAAGCCGAUGCCUCAGUGGCGGCGCCUUUCACGUCACAAGAGCAGAACAUUCGUUGCGUCAAGUUACUGACACUCGAAGGCAGAUGCGCACUCAGUACUAGCUUCGCUAUCUUCAAAUACAUGGCUCUCUAUUCGCUCAUACAGUUCUUCUCUAUCCUCAUAUUAUAUAACUACUUCUCUAUCCUGGGCAACUACCAGUUCCUGUACAUCGACCUGGUGCUGACGACGCUGCUGGCCUUAUCCCUCGGCCGCGCGGCGCCGGGGCCCGUGCUGGCGCCGCGCUCGCCGCCCGUCUCGCUCGUCGCCGCCUCCAGCAUACUGCCUCUAGUCGCACAGGUGGCGCUGGUGCUACUUCUUCAACUCGCCGCUCUGUACUUGUUGCGAGCACAGGACUGGUUCCACCAAGUGGAAGGCAACCCGGAACUGGAAGUGGUCCUCUGCUGGGAGAAUACUGUCAUCUUCAUCGUCUCCGCAUUCCAGUACUUAGUCAUGGCUUGCGUCUAUGCCAAAGGCUGGCCCUUCAGGGAGCCGUUCUGUGCCAAUUAUUACAUGGUACUGACUCUAGUCACGCAGUCGGUGUUCGUGGUUCUGUUGCUGUUCUGUCCGUGGCAGGAGCUGGCCGACCUCAUGGAGGUGAAGGUGUUCAAGUGGGAAGCUCAGGCGGAGAACAUCUUCCGCAUCUACCUGCUGCUGGUGCCGGCGCUACAUCUCAUCCUAGCUAUCGCCAUUGAGGCGACCCUAUCCGACACGCACAGGUUCCACGACAUGUUCCGCGGCUUACGGCGGCGUCGAUGCGACAAGCAACCAGGCGCCGGCGACGCCGCGCAUGUGUGCUGACGCCACACACACGCACACACACGCGCCGUACCAGGCGAG